UUAAGAUUUUACACACAUGUAUACAAAACAGUGUGUUUAUAUGCUUAUUAAUUUUGCCACAGUGCGUCACAGGUUUCGCGUUUGUUAUUCUACUGUAGGGUUCAUCGAACUUGAGUUAAUUUUUUGCAAUUUCUACAGAAAAUGAAAACAUUUUAAAAAGUUGCCAACAUGUCACCGUGUUCUGCGUAAAAAUAAAAUUUGCGUUUGUAAGUGUGCCGAAUAAUUCUGAUAAGGUGAAAGCGAUUAAAAUCUGUUAAGCUUGCAAAUUAUUAUAUACGUAUUGUAUUUGCAUUAAUAAAUCACCUAUUCACAUAUGCAUACCUAUAGGUAUCUGUCCACCCCCGUCUAACGAUGGUCUAAUAACGUGUAUGUACAUAAGGGGAAGUUGUUUGCAACUGUGGUCUAGUCAUGAACUGUGUACUUUCAUCAGUAUCAGACUAUUUGGCUCUAAAUCACUUAGCUUGUAGUGAUUUUUACACAGUUUUAACUAUGUAGAUAAUUGUUCGUUAAACGAAGAAAAGUAUGUUCGUUGAAAAUCCGUUUCUUUUAAUUGGAGGAGUAAUCAUACCAACAACAUGCACGAUCUGUUUAUGCAAGUUUUAAACAACAGGGAUUUGUCCAGAGCUGGAGAUUUAUUUUCAGUGGCUGACAAUGAAAUUGUGAAUGACUUAACUGAAGUGCUUAAUGAAAUAACAAUAAUAGCAUCUCUACCUGACUAUGCUUACAAUGACAAUGAUCAAAGUGUGGUAGAGAUAUGUGUAACAAGAGUAACAUCCUGCAUAAGGGAAACUGGCAGUGCCGAACAACAUUGUGAGGCUCUUGUUAAUCUCCUUGAAUCUUGCCUCCAUCACAAUUUACAAUUAACAUCACGAGAUGAAGAUCCUCCUCAUGCAAAAAUUUCUAGUGAUAUCAUUUCAUGCAUAUUCUUGAAUUAUGGUAAAAAAUCUGUAAUGCAACGAGCUCUUCCUGUAGCAGUGAAGUUUUUACAUAAGGGCAAUAAAGAGUUAUCAAGAAACAUGGCCUCCUACUUGUCCUUGGCUGCAAUUGAAUAUGCUUCUUUACUAAGUCCUCAUGUUCAACCAAUUAUGGAUUCCAUAAUAUCAGGAAAUUAUCCCUUAUGUAGAGUUCUAGCACAAAUUUAUGAGGUAUUUCCAGAACCUUUGCUUGGCCAUGCAAUGGCUUUGGUAUCUCUUCUUCCUCAUUGUGAUAAUCAGGAAAAAUUGGCUUUGCUGAAUUUAUUUACUUUAAUCGCUGAAGACAAUCCUUCACUGCUAGAAGCUAGUGUUCCUCAGCUUUGUGAGUACUUGAAUAGUUCCACAACCGCCGCAGCAACAUUGCAAGUGUUUUUAAACAUGGCAAAAAAAAAGCCCACACUUCUAGCAGAUCAUGUCAAUUCUCUCAAGUUGACAGCCCAAAGAUUCCCCCACAUCGUUUGUCUAGCUGCUCAAGUUAUAAGUGCAGUAGGAAAAUUAAGCAAAGAUCGAGCUCAAGACGCUCUAAAUUUUGUUUUGGAGCACUUACCAAAGGCUGACAGAGGUUCUCAAAACACAUUACUACGAGAGGCCACUGUCUUAUGCAGUUGUUAUCCAGUAUUAUUUUCCGAUAAAGUUUUAGCGGUUGUUAGAUCCCGCAAUACAAGCACAAAUCAAAGUACCCUUACGUCGGUUCCUAGCCAGAGUAGUCAGAUAACGUCUGGAGGUGUGACUAUAGUCAAAGUAGGGGGGCCAAUGCAAGUAUCGCCGCCUGCUAUCAUACCUCAAGGGGGCUAUACCCGCAGGGCCAAGCUGGGAGAUUCCAGGAGUACAGGACGUUUGGCAAGCAACAGCAAUACACAUAGGAGCAUGACAAGACUUAACAUUGCAGGCGGUUCAGUGGGAGGCCUUCACAAGAGCAUGACACGUCUCAGUUCUUCCCAACAAAUAAAUACUCAACCUCUACAAAAUACACAAGUCAAUAAUUCCAACAACGGCGUCGUUAUUACAAGCAUCACAAAUAAAUGGAAUAUCAAUUCGAGCUCGAAAAUAUCCAGUGGAGGUGUUACUGUUACCACCAUUGCUCCACCAAGAAUCCAAAGGCCUUACAGUCAAGGACCUUUGACGCUUCUCAGUCCUGUUAGCUCAAAUAAUAGUACUCAACAGGUUGCUGUUAAUUCACAAAAUGCCACAAACACAGUUACAGUCAAUUCAAAUUACAGCAGCCCCGUUUCAAGCGGCCAGGUUUCUGUAUUGACCAAUACCACCCAGACUAUUUCCGUUGGAUCUCAUUCCACCAUUGAAACCACCAAUACAAACGGAAAUGUUGCACUUAAUUCUGCUUCGAGCCACGUUAAUAUUUCAGGUCCGAGUACUAUAACAACUCGUAGGGCAAACAACACAACUGUGACAUUGCUGAAUUCGAAUCAGGGGGCAGCCUCUCAACGUAUGAGUGUUUUCGAACCAUAUCCUAUGCGCGAUACGAUUCAGCACUUUUGUGAAAAACACUUAGACAAGAUAAAGGCCUAUAUGGACAAGGUAUCGGCGAAAAUUCCGCCUCCUGCCAAAUGUACGAUUGAAGAAAGAAGGCACAAGAAAUCUGCCAAGUUGCAUUUCGCGUGUCAGGCUCGUGGGCAGCACUGCUUAUAUUCAAAAACGUUUUUCACGAUGCGCACGAGAAAUCCUCGAAUCUGGAUACAUCUCAUGUUCAUUGCUUUGCAGGCCAGAUCACCCCAUGCAUUGAGUUCUCGAGACGCCAGCGUUACCAGUUUAAAGCACUGUUGGGAUAUGCUAAAAUGCGAAAAUAAAACGUUUUUAACUUUGGUCACCAGCGCAUUUCCUUGUACUAAAGAUCAAGAAACAUUACUAAACGAAUUGAGAAAUUCUGGAUUUUUUGACGUCUUUCAGCUUUGCUCAUCCUCCGCAACUGAUUCAACUGAGCAAAUUGUACACGACAACAAAUUCCAUUGGGGCUGUUUUUUGUGUGCGCAUCCCGAAAGGGCAGUGGGAUUUUUAAGGGGGGACACUCAACCUGUAAUUGAGGGUCAAUUAAAAGAGAAGAAGGGAAAAUGGAAAUUGUUUAGAAGAUGGCGAACACGUUAUUUUACCCUGUCGGGGGCCCAUUUAUCUAUUAAAGGAUCGAGCGGGGGCGAAAGUAUAGAUAUAAAUCAAAUAAGAUCCGUCAAGGUAUCAAGAGGCGCUCGAAACAUUCCCAAGGCGUUUGAAAUCUUCACCGGUACUCAGUCACUCAUUUUGAAGCCCAAAGACGGAAAAAAUGCUGAAGAAUGGGUUCAGUGUUUAAGCAUUGUCGUAGCACAUUCUCAUGCGAAAGAAUUACCCGCCAAAAGCAACUCACUACCAGCAAGGGGACUGGGGACUAGUCGAACAGCACUUUAAUUCAUCCUACGACAAAAUGGGGUCAUCUCCGUUGUUUAUGAAGAAAAACACUGGUAUGAAAUUACUUUAUAAACACUGAACAAAUUAAAAUAACUCUAAAAGAGCAUCCGUUGCUAUCAUAAAGGUUAUAGUGAAGGAGAACGUACCUUAUAGAAAGUUACAUUAACGCAUCUAUCCUAGCUACAAUUUACAGGUAGCACUGACGACAGUAAAUUAUUCCUGUUAAAUUAGCAGCCCAUUAUAAAGUAAAAUAAAACAACUAAUUACCCUAAUUUAACUCAUUGCGACAUAAUUAAAAAUUUAUAGCAGACAUUCCAUAAAUAUCAAUCAGGUCCAAUUUCCCCUGUUUAGACAUUUUCUAUAAGUAGGCAACUGUUAUGAUAGCAAAAUAGCAUUUAAAAAAAUUUAUUUGUAUAGUAUUUUAUAUUAUUUAAAAUAAUGUAUUCUUACAAACUUAUUCUCAUCUCAUAUUUAUGAACCACAAGGUAGAAGCAGCUUAAUUAUUAUUUUAAAUAAAGUUCUUAUCAAUGAAGAACGUUUAAGUUGUGUCAGUCUUGUGUUCCAUUUGAAAUACUCCGAAAUAUUUGUAGAAAAUGCGUAAAUUUGAAGAACACAAUGUAACAAUUUAGUUUAGUGUGCUUCAAAGAAUUAUUGCAUUAAUGUUUUCUUUACAAUGCUAUUUUGUUAUCAAACAGGUACUAGAAAAUGUAUAAAAUAUUCAACAUAAUCCUUUAUUUUGUUACGAAAAUUGGCCCUUUGUAUA